AUGGACCAAGCAGUUCACGCCCAGCAACCUCCGGUUCAGCCACAACAGUACCCAGCUCAUCAGCAGCAACAGCAGCAACAACAGCCACAACAGUACCAGCAAGCACAUCUAGAUCAAAAUGGCGAUGGCCAGGGUGACAAGUAUAAGUUUAACGUGCUGGACCAUUACCAGGUUCUUGAGGUAGUGGGCCAGGGCGCCUACGGCGUGGUGUGUUCAGCUGUGCAUUUGCCUUCCCAACUGAAGGUGGCAAUCAAGAAGAUUGAGCCUUUUGAGCGGCAAAUGCUUUGCUUGAGGACUCUUCGUGAGUUGAAGCUCCUCAAACACUUUAACCAUGAAAACAUCAUCAGCAUCUUGGCCUUGCAACAGCCGGCCUCAUACGAAUCGUUUAACGAGAUCUACUUGAUCCAGGAACUCAUGGAAACGGAUUUACACAAGGUUAUCCGUACCCAGCAGCUCUCGGACGACCACGUCCAGUAUUUCACUUACCAGACCCUUAGAGCGCUUAAAGCGUUACAUUCGGCUAACGUGCUCCAUAGAGACUUGAAACCUUCGAAUUUGCUUAUGAACUCCAACUGUGACCUUAAGAUUUGCGAUUUCGGCCUUGCCAGGUCGGUGGCUUCUUCUGAGGACAACUUUGGCUUCAUGACAGAAUAUGUGGCUACUCGUUGGUACAGAGCGCCUGAAAUCAUGCUUACGUUCCAGGAAUACACUACAGCUAUCGAUGUAUGGAGUGUUGGGUGUAUUUUGGCCGAAAUGAUCAGUGGUCGCCCACUCUUCCCAGGCAGAGACUACCAUAACCAGCUAUGGUUGAUUAUGGAGGUCUUGGGCACGCCCAAUUCCGAAGACUACAACAAUAUCAAGUCCAAACGUGCCCGUGAGUACAUCAGACUGCUUCCAUUCUGCAAGAAGAUGCCGUUCAGUGAACUCUUUUCGCAUGUACCAGAAGUGAACCCAUUGGCGAUUGACUUGCUAGAACGACUCCUAGCGUUCAACCCAGCCAAGCGUAUCACCGUGGAAGAUGCGCUAGCGCAUCCAUAUCUUAACAUGUACCACGAUCCUAACGACGAGCCUAUCAGCGAGCCAAUUCCAGAUAACUUGUUUGAUUUCAACAAGCACAAGGACGAGUUGUCGAUCCAGGAUUUGAAGAUGCUUCUCUAUGAGGAGAUCAUGAAACCGUUUUUAGAAUAG